AUGAAUUGUUUAAUAAAGGACUUUUUAAAAUUGCCAUUGAUUAGAGAAGAGCUUAUUGAUGCACAUCCGCACUUUAUUGCCCUCCUUCGACGUCCACAUCUCGACUCAAACUUUGGUCAACGAAUAUUUAAUGGAGAUUAUUUGAAGAAAAAUUUUGACAGACAAGAAUUUGAAAACAAUAGGCAUAUGCUUAAUUCUAAUUAUAAAUUUAAACCUAAACCUAGACCUAAACCUAAGUCCAGUCCCGAGCCCGAGCCCGAGCCUGAACCUGAACCUGAACCUGAACCUAAGGUUAAAGAAAUUUCACUUGACAAUAUUGAAUUUGCCAGCUUUGGUAACGCUAAUGCUAGUGUAAGGCCUCAUUCUGGUGCAAGAUCUCAUGGUGCAAGACCUCAUGGUGCAAGAACGUUUGUUGUUGAUGAAUAUGAUACAGUCCCACUUUCGAUGAAUUUAAACUGUUUUUAA